CUGACGCUCACCACAGAGGAGACUUCUCGGUCUGAGGAUUGACCUCAGAGGCACUAUGAUGAGGGCUUCUGGUUAAGAGGGCAGUGCUAAUGUGUCUCAAGUCGGGACUCUAGCCUUGUCGGUGUCUCUAGUCGGGAAUCGAACCUUUUCCGUGUCUCCGCCCGGCCUCGAACCCUCCCCGCAAUGUUCUGGUUCCAGAGUGGGAUGGUGUUCCUUCCCGCCCUGCUGGUCAUCUGGUCUUCGAGCAACUUCAUCGUUUCAUACGUCGUCGCGAUUUACCGAAACGACGUGGACGUUGUGUUUCCUUACAUCAGUGAUACCGGCGCAGAGCCCCCAGAGAGCUGCAUCUUCGGCUUCAUGACUUCCGUCACCGCGUUCCUAGCCUCGGGGACCAUGUACGCCCGCUACAAGUUCGUCCAGCGGCUGGGCGAGGAAGUGGGCAGCGUGCGAUCGCGGCUGAACCACUCGGCGCUGGGCCUGGGCCUGGUGUCCUGCCUGGGCAUGUGCAUUGUCGGGACCUUCCAGGAAACCAUGGUGACCUGGGUCCACGACACCGGCGCCCUGCUGUUCUUCGGGACAGGCGUGUUCUACGCCAUCCUCCAGGCGGCCAUCUCCUACCAGAUGCGGCCGUACGGGUCAUCGCUGUGCGUGUGUCACACGCGCACCGCCUUCGCCGUCAUCAGCCUGCUGGCCGUGCUGAUUGCGGUCAUCAGCGGAUGCUUGGUGAAAGGGACCAAGCUGCACAGAAAACCCAGCGACGAGGACUACAUCGUCCACCUGCUCAGCGCGGUGUGUGAGUGGAUCGUUGCCUUCAGCUUCGUGUUGUUCUUCCUCACAUUUAUCCCGGACUUCAAGCUGUUCGCCCUGAAAGUGAAGGCAGAGUUGGAGCAGAACUCUUGACCAGACUGGACUGUGUUUUUUAGACUUUUUUUUAAACACUGUUGUCUAGUAUUUCUACCGUAUCCGACACAUUUCAAUAUUCUUGCAUAUCAAUAUUGUAAACCAUCUAGUUACCUACUGAGAACAAAUGAAUCAGCCUCAAUCGUAAAUCAGUAUAUACAGUUUCUUCUAACUUUAUUCAAAGCUACUUCUUUUUUUAAUCUGCUUCUGCUAUUUCACUGAUAACCUGUGCCUGUGUCUUUGUCUGUGUGUGUGUUAAACCACAAAGGGGAGGGGCUGUAAAUGUUUACACUAAAGCUGGACUGAUCUUCUCUGUGCUGCGAUUAGCGACUGUGUGACAGCGCUGUGCGUCCGCUGCUCAUAAAUACGAGAAGUCAGUCACACUGAUGUCCCAUGAGAAACCACACGUGGGUGGUUUGAAUUCCCUGUAGUUGUGUAAUUAUGUUAUAUCCCUCUCCCCCCCCCCCCCCCCCUCUUACCCUGGAGGUAAACGGCCGCAGUCUGAUGUACUGUGAUGUUUAGAAACAUCAGUCUGUAUGUCUGGUCGUAGUAUUGUAUAUUAUGUAUACCAUGGAGAGAGAGAGAGAGAUUAUAUCGUAAAUGUCAGUUUCAUAUUGAUAAAAAUUUGAUUCUUUCAUAUUAUACCAGAUGAUAGAGGAUGGGUCAUUUUCUAAAAUCAUGCUGUAUUCUUCUGUAUUGUUCGACGUGUAAAAUCUUUUUUAUAAAUGCUUGAGAAAUAAUAAAGGAGGACUGUCCUA